AUGGCAACAUUUCUGGUGGCCCAAGCUGCAAUCGAUCUUGGUCUUUCGAGUCUGAACGCUAGCACGACCUGUAAUGAUACCUGCAAGGAGCUUGUACAUCGCGUUUCCUCAUGGGAAAAGUCACAAAGAGCUUCAGACUUCUCUUUUUAUGAGGUUCCGACCAACUUCUCCAACAUCAUUGAGCCAGGCACCGUCUUGUCCCUUGAGCGAAUUACGAAUCUGACGAACUACACCGUACCAACUCCUUUGACCAUGUCCCGAAUGAUGUAUACGACUGAAAACCUCAACGGUACCAUCGUACCUGCAUCAGCGUACAUCCUGUGGCCCUCAAGCCCGCUAGAAGUUCCGGUCUCUGAUUCAUCAAAUUCAACCCACUGGCCUCUGGUCGCAUGGGCACACGGCACCUCUGGAGGUCUGGCGCCAUGUGCACCCAGCAACUACCGAAACCUGCAAUACCACUUCCAAGUUCCAUACCUACUCGCUCUCCAGGGUUACGUCGUGGUUGCACCAGACUACGCGGGUCUGGGUGUUGGGAAGCUUCCCAACGGCGACGGCAUCGGCCAUCCCUGGGCUGCGGCACCCGCACACGCUAAUGACGUAGCAAACGCCAUUGUCGCCGCACGCAAAGCUUUCCCUGAGUAUCUCAGCCUUGAUGGGCCGUUUGUAGCCAUGGGCCACUCCCAGGGUGCUGCUGCCGUAUGGUCGUUCGCGGAAAGACUGGUCGACAAGCCGAUCCCUGGAUUCAAGGGCGCUGUUGCCUUCGCUCCACCAACAGAUAUCAUAAACCAGACUAGGAAGGCCAUAGAAGAUCAUGAGGCCAACAAGACCCAAGUAUGGACCAACACCUUCUUGAGCCUUCAGCCAUCCUUGGCAAAAGGAAUAACGGCGGCGUAUCCAGAAUUCAACCUGUCCGGACUGACCGAGGCCGGACGCGACAGAUGGGUCAACGUCCAAGAGGCUGUGCAAGGCUGUCUACCCACGAAAGGAGUCUCAGGCAUUGGCAUCCCAUUAGGUCGGUUGGCUUAUCAGAACUGGACAGAGCAACCGACUGUGUUGGACUUCGAGAAGAGAACUGCCGUUGGAAGAAAGCCUUUCAAAGGGCCUUUAUGGAUUGCGGCUGGGGACAAGGACUCCGUAGUUGACUUCAAAAACAUGGAGGCCAACGUGAGGGAAACAUGCGGAAUGCUACAGGGUGCCGAUGUUCAGGAGAGUCUGGAGUUUCUGGAGUACACUGGGCAAAAUCAUUUUCCCGUCAUCCAAGCGAGUCAGGUUAAGUGGCUUGGCUGGAUCAGAGAUCGCAUUUUCUUCACUGCGAACGUUAGUCACGGGUGCAAGUUUGGGACUGUGCGAGGGUUCCAACGCGAAGAGACUGUCAACUCCGUUUUUCCGAACUUUUUGGUCGAAGUGGCAGGGCCUGCUGAAGGCUGGAAGUACAGUCUUUGA